AUGUCAACAGAAGAACCCCAGGCGGUUGUGGCUGCAGCUCCCGAAGAGAGCGCAGCUGAUUCCAGCACAGGCAGCAACAGCAACUCUAGCACAGCGGAGGCGGUAGCUGCCGCAGCAGCUGCUGCUGCGGCGGCGGCGCAGCUCGCUGCAGCUAGCAGUUCCCCUGAGGUCACGCUUACCGGACAGCUGUUCCCGACUCUCUUCGUAGUUGAUUUCUCCUUUGUAAAGGCAGGCAACAUUACGGAGGUGGUUGAGAUAUCAUGGAUUGUUUUUGAUGUGGCAACGCGGCAGUCCUUAGAGGAGGUUUCUGUUCUUGUCCGCCCUGAGCUGUUGUUGGCCCCAGCCGAUCUCCUAUCAAGUUUGGGGGUAACACAGGAGCAGCUUUUUACGGCUUCGCCACUAGGAGAAGCUAUUCAAAAGCUGGACACGGCUAUAUUCCAAAGAAGCCAAGACGGCGCGAACCCAGCAACACUGUGCGUUUAUGGAGUAGAGAAGUUGAAGGAAUUCAGGACCUGUGCUGCCUCGCGCCAAGUGACGCUAUAUCCGCAUUUUGCAGAAGUGGUGGUGCUGAAACGUGUCAUCGAACAGUUCAUGAACAUAAAGGGGGAUGACUUGAGGAGCUUGGGCACGGCUGCGGGCGCGCUGCAUUUGGCAGCACCGGAAGGGAGGGAGGAGGGGUUGGCGGCGUGUAGGUGCAUGUGUGCCAUUUUGUUUCUGCUGCUCUCUAAGGGUCUGGUGCUGCUUAAGGAGCACUGCGUGAACGUUGAGGAUCCUCCACGACAGACCCCCAAACCUUUAUCAGCGCCUGCAUCAAAUGGAAUUCCUGGCGUUGGGACACACAUCCGUUUAAGGGGACUACCGUGGGAUGUAAACGAAGACGCAAUUAUCCGCUUUGUAAAACCCGUGGUCGAAAUCAGGGAAUCAGAUGUCUGCGUCUGCGUCGGCCUUAACAAACGCGUAACGGGGGAGGCCUACGUGAACGUUCACACGACGGAAAUGAGGGACCUGGCGGUCCGGAUGCUACACGGCCGUAUGAUGGGUGCGCGCUGGAUAGAAGUAUUCCGAUCCAGUGCGGAAGACUUUGAGAGGGCCCAGCAACGGCGAGUGGCGAUGCUGAGCUCGGACAGCCGGGAUGGCCGCGAUGCUGACGUUAAGGUGCUGAACUUGACCGUCCUCAAACUGCGGGGACUGCCGUGGACUUGCACUGAAAUGAAUGUCGUCAACUUUUUUCAAGAGCAUGGUUUUGAGAUUGGGCUCGACUCUGUCGUGUUGGGCGUCGCGGUGGACGGUAGGAUGAAUGGUAUUGCGUACGUUGAACUGCCAGACGCAGCCACUGCAGAUGCAGCGAAGGAGAAGUUGCACAGGAAAUACCUUGGCCGCCGGUUUGUCGAGGUAUAUCCGUCAACUCGAGAGGAAAUGCAUAGAGCAAAGCGGCCUGGGAGGAUCAUACCACCUGACGCUCGUAUGAUGGGGGCCACUGCCCAGGGACCCUAUAGCGGAGGUUACGCGCCGGCGCCGCAGCCAUACGGAACCAUGGCGACAGGUAUGGGAUCCGCUCAAGGUUACGGGGGCAUGGAUGGCAUGGGGGCGCCACAGGGAGGCUAUGGUGGCUAUGGUGCCCCCAGUGAUAUCUACGGAGGGUACGGAGGUGCUACUCAGCAGGCGGCCUACACCCAAUCACCUGCACAAGUUGUGCAGAGUCCACCUGUACAGGAUGUCGCUCCUAUUCCCGUUGGAUGGAAUUAUACUGUCUUGAGACUCAGAGGAAUGCCAUUCAAUGCAAAUGAGCAGCACAUUGUGCAAUUCUUCCAAGGUUUCCACAUGACAGCCAUUCUUCCCUCAACUAUCCCUAUAGAUGGACGGCCUUCUGGAGAGGCGUACGUUCAGUUUUCGGACGUUAGUGAAACCUGGCGAGCCCUGCAGGCAAAGAAUGGUGCUCGGAUGGAUCGGCGGUAUAUUGAGCUUUUCCCUGCAAGCAAGCAGGAGAUGACCUUUGCAGCACAGGGAGGGGACCCCCGAGAGAACGAGACCGGACGUUUUAGCUCUCGGCAUCCGAUUGUUCCUGUUUUGGGCUCCGCAAAGAGUGUGGGAUUCGCAGCAGCAGGUUCGUGCUGCAAGUGGUGA